AUCGUUGCGUGUGGACCGGACUUACGGGCUGCAAAUUCAAGGCCAGUCGAGCGCAACCGAUCGGCUCACACAAUCGGCAGUAAGAUUUGCUGUUCAUAGGCACAAGUCCUUCUUUGGCGUCAUAUAAAUAAACCUCAUUGGAUGUCACUUUUUCGUUUGCAUGUUUACAUUGAUAUUUACUGUAAUUGAGCAAUGUUUUGAAUAAAUAUUUUUCUAUUAUUGACCUUGCUUAACGUAAUAAAGAUCAAAAUUUGUCUACAAUAGAUUCCAAUCCGCACUAAUGAAGUACCCCAAUUAAAUAAACACGCUUUUGGUGUGACAAAAUCGCCUUGGUAUCUUGAUACGCAUAAACCAAACACGAAAGCAGCGUACCCAACAGUCACGUUCAUUUACGAGUUUUGUGAGUUCUGUUUAAUAUGACAUGCCGUGGAAAAAUUUCAUAUAAAAUAUGUGAAUUACGACAAAUGUGUCUGUUCCAACCGGAUGCCUGUGAUGUGUGUAACAGUCAGAAGGAAAAAAUUGAAGUCAUGUGUUUGUGUGAUUGUGAUACUUCUAAUUUUCAGACUGAUUGCUAUAUAUGUCCUCUCGAAGAAUAUCAGAGAACUUGCAGACCUAGGAAAGUGCCCUGCAUGUUAUGGGGUUGAUUUGUGCCCGAUUGUGUUGGGAGAUGGCAUUAAAUUAAGCAAUUUUGAUAGUCUAGCGUCGGUGAUUAAUAUUAUAGGUUAUAAAAACGUGUGGUUUGGAACGUAUAAAAACGCAAAGAUUGUGGUUAAGAAGUUGGGUAGCGAUUGGGAACUAGAACAACUUGAUAAUAAACUUUGUGGAAACGAGGGGCGUAAUUGCAACGUCACUAGAUCCGUUUCUCAUGUCACCAAUCUGUCAGUGAUUGAAAAUUAUAUGAAGAGUCUCACAAGUCGUGAGGGUUCAGUGAAUGACGUUCUGUCAGGUGAUUUUUAUGUAUGUCCUACAGCAUCUGGGGUUAACAGGCUGUUACAGCAUGUAAAAUUAAGGAAUGAAGCUAUAGAUACAAAGACAUUUCUACAAAAUGUAUGGACAAUUAUGCAUAUAAACCCAGAACCUCUCAUCCUUCAGAUCCUACCAAAGGAAGAUGGUUGGCCAGUUCCAUUUUAUUAUGGUGCCUGUGGCAGGCUCAUAAUAGAAGAAUAUGCUGGAGAAACAUUAACAACAUAUUACACAAAACCGUGGGUAGAAAGGGCAAAACUUGCUCAAAAGCUUCUUGUUGCUGCCAAGAAGUUAACAAAUGACCACCCAGGUUUCAGAUUUUACCUGACAGAUGUCUCACCUGACAACAUUGCAGUAGACGCCAGUGGUAGUGUAUACUUCAUUGACUUGGAAGAUGUAAUAAUUGUGGACAGGAAUAUUCCAGACCAUGAAAAGCCAGUUUCUUGGACAUCUCAACAUGUGAGUGAACUGUAUGAAUGCGCAAGUUGUUUCACUUUUUCACGGAGUGAAAUUUGCAACCAUCAUAUCAGUGAUCAUAAUUUGUAUGCUGUUUGCCAGCAUUUGCUAUCACCAAAAGCAGUGCCUGGUAUUAUGCCAGGAGGACUUCUCCACAGCACUCCACAUCUUGUGUUAGAGAAUUAUCCAGACCUCCCACUGAUUCUGACUCAGUGUGGAGAAUCAGCAGCACCAUUUGGGAGAUUUAAGGCAGCAAAUCAACUGUUGCAUCUACUUGCUAACAUUACAGAAACUCACAAAACUCUAAAUUAGAAUCUACAUUGAUUUAUACACUGUCAAUUUUUGGUUUGCUGGCUGGAUCUGUGUUACAUUAUGACUAAAUUGUUAAUGAAUUAGUUACAUUGUGCACAGUGGUUUUGUAGAUGAAUGGAUAAAAUAAUGAAUAAUUUAUCAAAGUAUUGUUUCAUUGGAGAGAAUUGCAGAUGCGGAAAGUUUCUAUUACUUGCUGCCAGAAAUCAUAUCUAAAAAUUAUUCUAAUCGUCUAUAGAGUUAAAUAAUGACAGCAACUUUGACAUUUACAGUCUAGACAUGACAAAAAAAGUGCUCAAUUUAUUGUAGUGAUGUUAUAAUCUGAUUAGAUCGAAGGAAACAUUUUGGAAGAACUAUAUUGUGAAAAAGACCUAACGUAAUCCUUGUGGUGUUUGGAAGAAUGUGUACUGGUGCAGUGAAGCAGUAACUGAAUCCUCACAUGAUAAUCAGAACCAAUGCUUGAUUUGUGAUGGUAUGCAUCGAUACUCCAUUCUGGUGCCUCUGAUGAAAGAAAAUCAAAAUGCAGGUUUUGAGAUGUGGCACAAUAGAACUUUUGCUGUGGUUGAAGUGAUGUGUAACAAAUGUUGUACUUACAAAUUAAAAUGCUCAGAAAAGCAUUAAAAUAAUGUUUUAAGAAAUCUAAGUUUCAAAAACACCCCUGUCAUGUUACCGGAACUACUUCAUUUUACAAAUCAAGCACAGAUUGGUAACAUAAACUUUCAAAAUAUGACAAUUAAAUCAAAACCUUUUAUUUCACUGAACACUUAUUUCUGACCACAAAUGAUAAAUACACACAUAUGCCAAUCCCUUUCUCAUCUACUUAUCACUCUGGUUACUUUUAUAACUUCAAGCACUCACCCUACUUCACUUGAUUCACUAGCUUCCACUCAACCCUCAACACAACCCAAAGAACUCCAAAAGACAUAGAUAUCUUACUAUUGUCACCAUAUAAUUAACACUACAGAUGACCAGGAUUAGCAAUGUUUGAAUAAAAAUAGUGUUUGCACCUAAACACAGUUACACCAAAAUAAUUCCUUUAAGGAAUGAAUAUUUACAAAGUAAACCAGCUUAAUUACACCAAAGUCCUGGUGGUGGACAAUAUUUUGUUCAUAAAGGAGCUGCAUUUGACCCCUUACAGAGGUCAUGAACAGGCGUUUCACUUCUGAAAAAUUCAGGUAUUUCAGAGGAAACGAUGUCACUCCUGGAAGAAUUGUUUGUGGAUGCAUUGAGUCUUAUUUUACCUUUUCUAUAUGGUCUGUAGCUGAUUGAAUCCAUGCUGUUCUUGCAUUUUUUCUUACACCACCUAACCGUCUUCCUUUGGAUGAUUGUCAUGGCUGUUUUUUAAUCUCUUGGAGUACAUUAAGAAUUUGCUUGCUCCUCUCUCAUCCAUUCACCUGGCUACAUCUCUCUCCCAUUCAAUUUAAUUUUUAAAACAGUUUUUUUUUUUUUGGCCCACUCUUCUUGUAAAUCCUAACGUGCAUCUCUACGUUGUUUAUUGAGCGUCUCUCACUUUUAGAAUAGUUUACACAUUUACAAUUGCUGUUGCAUUGCCAUAAGUCAAAACUUAUUGUAAACUUUCCUUUUCAGAUAUAUCAGAAACUUUAUUUUGUAAACUCGAGUAAUUUUUACCCGUCUUCUUAUUUCUGUUGGAGUUCAUACAUCUGAUUUCUUCAACUGAAAAUCUAAACAUUUGAUUCAGUGAUUUAAUUGUUUACUACUAUAAGCGAUUGUUGUAUGUUUUUUUGGUUGUAAUUAAUUUUCAGACUUAAAUGAAAAUUGAUCAAAUAUAUUAUUUAACUUUUGUUGAAAUUUAUCUGCAAUGGAGGCCAACAGUACAGUGUCAUUAGCAAACAGAGAAAUUUGGAUAUGCUUCACUAAUAAAUACUUCUUCAUUUGAACAGUUGAAAAAUUUCCUCUGGGAUUUCUGAGAAUGGUUUUGAUGAUGAGGAAUCUCAUUACUUGACUUUUUUUUCUAUUCUGAUUUUCUCAUGAUCCUGAUUAAGUCCAAUUGAGCACCUUUUUUGGAACAAAGGGGUCAAAAUUGCCUACAGGACACCAGUUAAGGUGUUACAAAAUGGAAGGAACCAGAUAGACUAUUCAUGAGGAGAAUGAGUUGGCAAUAGGUGUCUAUUUUGUUAUGUAUGAGGGGCAUUCAAAAUGAAAUAAGCCGGAGGCAUAAUUACAGAAACCAGUACCUGUAUGUUAGAAGUAUUGACCAUGGCUGUUGAGACAAUUGUCCCACUGUGACACAAGGUAGUGAAUGGCUGUCCCAUAAAAUUGCUGGGGCCGUGAUGUUAACCAGUUCCAUACGUACAGCCGGACAUUGUCAUCCGAGGUGAAUCAUUUGCCACUCAGAGUCUUUUUAAGGGGACCAAAAAUGGCCCCCUUCUGAUUCACUUCCUGCAGCAUGGGACAGCAGUGAAUGCUCAGUAUUACUCACAAACCUUGACUACCUUUCGCCAAGUGAUCACAUCAGAGCGACCAGGCAAUCUCACCCGUUGGGUCAUUCUGCUCCAUGACAAUGCAAAGCCUCAUACAGCCAACACAGUCGUGGCACUACUGCAGAAAUUCAAAUGGGAGGUUCUCCAUACAUUGUGUCAUUUGGCGUCGUCGGGCCCCAUAUUGGUGCGAAAUAAUGUGGCAUAAGGGUCUCCUUAGAGUUGAAAUGAGUCAGUGGUGAUGGUUGUCCCAGUUGGUAUGAUGUGGAAUGGCAUCUGUCGCUCACGACAAUGGCACCCUGUAACUAGUAGAAAAACACAAAAUCCUCACGUGGUUUGGUCAUAUUUCAGAUAUCGUCUUUCAUGAUAAAUGUCAUUAUUUCGAUAGAGCAGUGCGUCAGAAUGUGUCAGCCGCUCUUGUUUCUUCACUGAUAAACGUGGCAAUUGCACCACUCGAUGAUGUGAUGACUCCUUUACCUAAUGAUGACCACCAGCUCUCUUUUGUUGUGAGUCCGCAACAGACUUUUCAGUUUGUGUGAACUGGCUGACUGUAGUUCUUCUUUUUAUUAUGCCCAGUCAUGGCCACAUUAUGGAAUUGCGAGGGCAUUAAGUUGAUAAAUUGUUAUUCCGUCGUCAAGAUGUCGCUACGUCACAUGUUCGAUAAUUACACGAUGUAAUUCCAGUGAUAACAUAUGCUUAUAAGCAAUGUUCAGCAUGCGUCAUAAUCUUGGGACAAAUUGAUGACUGUUCACUGUUAAAUAACCAUGAAUUCACUUUUCACUUCAUAAUAUGCUAAUAGUCAAUUAAUUUUCACUAAUACGCAUGAUAAUGUCCCUUCAAUUAUGUAGGUGACACAAAGAAUUAGUUUGAAUCCAGUUUUUUUUGUUCCUUGUAAUUAAUUGUCCCUACACUGAGCUCGCACACCGAUUUCUCACUCAGGCAAUUGCUUCCAUUUGCAUCAGUAAUCCUAAGGUUGACGACAACUUCUGACAACUCUGUGUAUUUGUACGUUCUUUGUGUUUGCAUUUGUUUGUUGCCUACUCGAGACUAAUAAUUGUUUUUUUCAUUUUGUCAGCGAUCUUUCUUUUUCAAUGUUCUUGAAUAUUUGUGCAUAUUCACUAUCACAAAGGCUAAGCCCCAUCACAAAUCUCUCAUGAUUUAACUUUAUCGCAAAUCUCCAUAUCCUGUUAUCUUGCUGACGGUAAAGAUGACUUUGCUUUAGUAUGAUUUCUGAAUAAUACUUUAGUCUAAAUUGCAGAACUUUCAAACUUCUGAUUAGCUUAAAACAAUCUAAUAGUGCUUAUAUGUGUGCUACUAUCGCAAUAGUACUAUAGAGCGACUAGACAGCAACUGAAGCUUCCAUUUCCGAGUUACAUUGUAGUCACAUCGAACUUCCUUUUUGAUGCAGCUACAACUCUCUUGUGUGGUAAACGUUAUCUUUGGCCAGUUUACCAUCUGGGCUUUAACCUUUGUUAUUAAUUAUUUUGCAAUUCUUUCUCUGAUGAUUUUGUUGUGUAUCCUAUCAUAAUCUUUCAUUCAGUCUCUAUUUCAUGAUAAAUAUUAUUAUUCACAUGACAUUCCUGUAGAUCAAAUUGCCACAUGUGUAAAUUUUGUCACCAGUAGCUGCCGUCACUGUCAGGAUGACUAAUUUUCCUACUUCCUUUACAACAAAGGGUUGUUUAUUAGGGCUUCUGUAAUGGGCAUGUUAUAAAAUGCACUUACAUUAUUGAAGCUUGCUUUGAGUUCUACCAUUGUCAAAAGUGGCCACAACAGUCAUACAGUGAAACUUCAUGGGCGUAGCCAUCAUUGCCAGUAUGUUACUGAAGCCCACCGGGACUCAAACUGAUUCACUGUUUCGUGAUUCUACAAAACGCAUGGCUCCUGAUAAAGAAAUUUGUGAACCUGCUUUAAAGUAUGAAAAUCCCUCUCUCACAGAUCGAGAUAAGCAGGAAAUCAGUUAGAAGCUUGGUGUGAAGUAGCUGCCUUUGCAUUUCUUCCUCAGCUGUUGUUGAUUAGCUCAUGGGGGCAAGAUGUUCUCGUGGUAGAUGUUCUAGUGGUAGAAGAUGCCAAUGCUGAAAACUUAUUUGGAUGAGACUCUUUCAAAAUUUUUGGAUUCUCUAUUUCUAAUGCUGUGCAUCUGGUAUCAGAUCAAGUUCCAUACAAAAUUGUUGGGCUGCAGCCCUGUGUCUUGACUGGGAGUUGACAAUGAAAUCAUGCAUGUUGUCAGACUGCCCAAAGUGUGUCAUCCAGCAGUGGGCCCAUGAGUCUCUCUCCCCCUGUAGCCCACCAUUCUGCACCCCUGGGAGCAUAUUCAUGCUGAUUUUGCUGAUCCCUUCCUUAACACCUUUGGCUUGUAAUUUAUGCUUUCUCAAAAUUUCAAUAUAAGAUUCAUUGCAUGUCCACAUCCUUGGAAGGAUUACCGUACACACUUGUGACGGACAAUCGCCCACAAUGUGUCUCAGGAUUUUGAAGAACUUUUGAAUAAUUUGUGCAGUUUUACCAUUUCACCCCAAUCAGAAAAUUGAAAAUUUUGAAUUUGAAAAUUCAGAUGAAGAAAAUAUGUCACACAGUCUUCUCCCAAGGAGAAGACAGCAUGACAUUUUUACCAUCUGAGCCCACUUGAUAGGUUCUCAAGGUCUUAUAGGUUCACUCCAAUGGGUGAUCAUAGCCCAACAGAGCUGCUUCAACAUCUGCCAACCCUGAAUAUUGCUUCAGCUGCUCUGGCCAACUCCUGGCCAUCCGCGAGUGGCCACCUCGCAGGGGUUCCAUCCAGGCUCUGUCAUCUGGGCCCAUGGGUUUGGACGGAGCCCUAAAAGGACACUGGUGGUCAUCAGGCACUGCAGAGGCCGCUGCCUCUGUUAUGCACACCUUCGAUACUACGACCAGCUCUGCCCACAUGUUACUGACCAUUUUCUGGAGACCCCACCACUCUUGCAGCUGCUGUGGCUGCCACACUGGGGUCGAUACCCCUCUUCAUCUACUGCGUGACUUUCAUUCUGGGUGCCCCUGGCACUGGGUAGUGUAGUUAGUGCCGGAUGCCUCCAUUUUUGGGGACCAUUUGCUGCUGCUGCCGCCACUGCUGCCUUUGUCUUCUCCCCUGCCACUGUCACUGAAUGCCUGCACAGAUGUGGGCAUGGAUAUGAUACCUCCAUCACCCUUACAGUCUCUCAUUGGGGAGUGGGUGCCACACAUCCUCAUGCCUAUCUUAUUUCAGAUUGUAUUUUCCUGUGAUGGCAUGACACCUAUUCCAGCAGUUGUCUCCUUCCAAUUAAGACAUGAACAUCUCCAUGAUGAUCAGUUUUCCCAAAAUGGGGAAGGAGUGUUGUAGCCGUAUACAGUGAGUGCACAUAAUUAAACAGUGCAUGCCCCUACGGCCGGCAUAAAGAAGCUACCUCACUAGGCACAGAUGGCCAAGCAAGUGCUAUGCUGAGUGCAAACAGCUGUAUAUAAGCCAGUAUGCUAGUCUCUUGGCUGCUCUAAUGUUUUGUGGCUAGGAGCACUUCACUGUUAGACUGUGCAUGAAUGUAACCCAUGAUUUUGUGUGUUUGUUCUUAUUGCAACACACUCUCUUAACUGUAUUUUCCUGUACAUGGAAAUGAAUUAAAAGUUGGUUGUGGCAAUUCUAA